AUGUUCUCCGUGCUGUCACAUGCAGCUGGCCUUCUUGCGGUGGCGACUUCCUUUCGAGUGCUUGACGUAGGACCGCCGAGGACUGGCACGCAGACGCUGAAGGUGGCCCUGGAGGCCUACGGUUUCCGUGCACUCCACACGAGCUACAACUACACGGCACGCCUGCCCUGGUGCGACUACCUCUUCGGAGGCGGGCCGUUGGAACCUGCACUGCGUACCUUGGAUGGGUAUGACGCAGCCAUGGAUGAACCGUUCCACCUCGUCUAUCGGGAGGUCAUGGAGGCAUUUCCCCAGUCCAAAUUUGUACUGCCUGUAACGGAUCCAGAUGCCUGGUAUGACAACGUCGCUGCUGCUGGCAAAGAGCUCGCAGUGGACCUCGACGAGGCCAAGUCAGCACAUCGCAUACUGUCUGGCUUCGAUUAUUUGGCAGCCAUGACCCUUCAGCGGCCGUCGAUGAGGACUUGCAGUGGCUGCAUCAACUGGGGUUGCGAUUUUCUGAACCUCACCGGGAAGCCCGACCGAGCUCGGUGUGUCGCUUCCUACCGUCAACACAUCGACAAGGUGCAGGCCACCAUUCCAUCUGACCGACUGCUCCUGAUGGACUUCUCGAACGGCUGGGCGCCUUUGUCCCACUUUCUGGGCCAGCCUAUCCCAGAUCGGCCCUUUCCGUACAUCGACGACUUCUUCGGUAACUAG